AUGGCUUCUUCUGGAUAUUCCAUUAUUAAAUCAAUUACAGAAGGAGCACAACACAUUGGACAUAAACUCAUUCAAGCUUAUUAUCAAGAUGAUACUGCCAUUUUACAUCGAUCCAUCACUAAAACUUGCCAACUUAUUUUGAAUAUUGUUAGAAAAUAUAAUGGUCAAAAUAACAUUCUUGUUCAAAAAGAAUGGUUAAAUGAAACAGAGUAUCUUUUACAAAAUAAGGUCCUCACUGUUGGUGUGUUUGGACGUCACAAUGCUGGAAAGAGCACAUUAUUGAAUGCACUCCUUUAUCAUGAAGUUUUGUCAGUAGCUGAUACAAAUGAAACAGCUUUUGUUUUAAGAAUUUAUCAUAAGCCUAGAAACCAUCAUGGAAGCAGCUGUUUUGAAAAUACUGAACAAUCUUUAUCAAUGAAGGAUCAAGAAACUGAGGGUCAUCGAAGCAUUCGAAAAACAAUUAAAAGAAAGAACUCUGGUAUCAGAGAAAAGGGUGCAACAAUUGAUGUUGAUGAAUUAGAAGCACAUGUCCCCUUCCUAUGUCGUUGUUCCACUGGUGAUAUCAACAUUGUGCUGUUAGAUACACCUGGUUUAUCUGAAUCUAAUGAGUUAGGAAUAUCUGAAGUAUCAGAGCAUCAACUGAUGACCUGUGCUGUAUAUGUUUAUGUAAUAUCAUCUCAACAAUUGGAGGAUUCUAUUGAUACUGACUCACUGAGAGCUAUAGUCAAGAGGGACCCAAAUGCAUUUGCAGAAAGACGAAUCAUUAUUGCUGUAACAAGGCUUGAUCAGUAUAGCACUACUACAUCUGAAGAUGAAUCAUCAGAUCCUGAUUCAGAGAGUGAUGAUGAAUCAAAACCUGCUAAAGAUGAUGAAGAAGAAAUCAUUAAGCGUAUUCAUAGCAUAAAGGAGGUCAUCCAGCGACAGUGCAAGUGUUUAGGUGUGCCUAUUCCAGAUGAUUGCAUUAUACCUUUGCAUGCUACUGGAGCUCUCGAGGCAAGGAAAAAAAUGAUAAACUUAAGAGUCAAGAAAAAAGAGCCAGAUCAAGAGUCAAAAUUAUCAACUGCAAAUGAACGUGACAAAAUUAGUCAGGUACCAUUAUUAGAGGAAAAACUUAUUGAAAUUGCUACUAAUUCUCAUUAUUUAUGGCACUACAAUAUUGUGAGGGACUGCACUAAAUACUGUGAUCAAGCUAUGGAAAAACUAGAUGGAUCUAAGAAAGAAUUUAUAAAACAUGAAAGGGAGUUUAAUGAUAAAGUGAGGGAAAAAGAGAGUAAUUUCCAAGGCUUCAAAAAAUUAGUGGAAGUGAUUAGAUUCAAGUACAAAGAUGGGUCAGAAUUUUCCAAACGAUUAGAAUCCACUUACAAUGAAGAUUUAAAAACAAAUCAUGAAAAUAUUGAUAGAGUAUCAAACUCACAUUUAAGUAUUUUUGAAAACUUUCGAUCAGAAAUUAAAGAAAGGAAACCUAGAGUUACCACUGCACAAUUUAAAUCAGAGGCUGAAAAGUUAAUUGAAAAUGAAAAUAAAUCAUUGAGGAAUGAUUUAAAAGAUCUGGCCUUUAAACAGAUGGAUGUAGUUGUUAAAGAUUCAAUAUAUAGACUUGGUUCCUUUAGACAAAAAUUGGGACAACACCUGGCCACAUACUGCAAUACAACUACUUCUACUAGUGAUGAGCCUCAUUUGCCUGAUGAUAGUAUUAUUUCUGAAUCUCUAAGUGAUAGCAGAGUACUAGUCAGCAGCAAUCCACCUCUCAAGUUACGCGAUAUACUAGAACAAAGCAAAGUGCACUAUAGUUUUUGGGAGAAUAUUUUCGUUUUUUUUAAUAAGCAUUUUGUACCUUUGGAUGAUCCAAGACGCCAUUUACGGUAAUAAUUCAGGGAUGGGGCGAAGUACAUUAGUACUUGUACUUAAGUACAAUCUUCAGAGUACUUAGACUGUACUUAAGUCCUUUUUACAUUAACUGCCUGUAC